AUGGAAGUCUGCUGUGCCACGUGCCGUCCACCGGCGUCUCGCUGCGCCGCGGGCGCCGAACUGCGAAGGUUUCCCUCGGCGCUCUUCGCAGGCGCGCAGCACCUCACGACUCUUGUUUUUCUCUUUUUGGUCUCCAGGCCCUUCCUCGGGUAUGCCUUGGGCGUCGAUCCCUACCGUGAGGCCGUAGAGACCCCCGAGGCCCCGAACGUGCCGCCGUUUCCGCCGGCGACCUCGCCGCCAGUGCCGUCCCUUUACCCUGCAUCUCUGGACUCUCCUGAACUUCCGCCUCGCGCGCGGCGUCAAGCGCCGCCGCCGCCAUAUAAUCCGCGCUACGCCGUUCCAGCUGCCGAGGGGGAGGGGCCUGCCUACCGCGUGCGCGAGUUCGCAGCGCCGCCCGCGUCGGUUCUUUCUCCCGCAGCGCCGCCUGUGGACGCGGCGUUGUACCCUUCCAAAGAGUUGCAGCUCGAUGUCCCCCUUGCAGACCCUGUGCCGGUCCCUGUUCCCGUUCCUCGACGUAAAUUCACAACGCGCCACACCCCAGAGGCAGCAGAAGCCUACGCGCCCUAUCCCUCCGCCGGCGCAGACUCCGCGCGAGGCAGCCCCAAGCCCCGCGCGGAGGCGGCGUAUACGCCCUACCCGCUCCUUGCAUCUUCUGUGAGGGAGCCAGAAGCCGCCGACGACGAUUUAAGUCCUACGCCCGCCCCGAGGGCGCGGCGCUCAACAAGACUAGUUUCCCCCGAAGUCGACGACUACCAUCCAAGGCCUCGUGAGCCCCCCCGGGGGGCGCCGCGCGUGAGAAGGCUGCCAAAGCCCCAGACUUCUCCCUCUUAUCCAUUCUAUCCUUCCGCCAGCGCAGGCACAUCGGUACAGGCCUCAGCGCCGCCAGCUGAAGAUGCAGCCGCCCAGCAAGUCUACGCUAGGAUCUACGACCUGUUCAGACGCCUGGGCGAGCCUUUCCCGCCGCAUCAGAGGGACUCCGACUACCUGCCUUGGUGGCACGUGAAAGGGAUGGGGUACGACUAUUCUGAAGAUUUCUACGCCACUACGGACAGUCUCAAACAUGUCAAAGAGGAGGGCGCGAGACUGGCUAUUGAGCUCAUCCAAGCCACUCUGCGAGGCACUCCAGCUUACCCCGAGCGGCAAUUGAAGACUGUAAUCAUGUGGAAGCAGCACGCCCGGGAUCAGUGGGAGAUUGUCAGCGAGGCGGUCAUGGUGCCGGCAGGCCAUAACCCGUUGGUCGCUCAUCUGUUUGUCGCCGUGAUGCUGAACUUGACUGAGCAUGUCGACCUGAAGUGUGCGCAUCGACUCGCGGAGAUGGAGCCUCAAGUGGAAGCCCGCUUCCGCGCCGACGAUUCGCGGACUGUGCGCGUCCUGCAGAAUAGGGAUCUCGAGUCGCCGCUGCGGGACUUCGCUGAGAUUCGCCUGAUCUUCGAGCGAACUUCAAACGAAAAGAAGACAGCCGCGUGCGUUGGAGACCUGUCGGGCAGACUUCGCAGCCUUCUCCCCCGCCGCAUGUAUCAGCCACUGCCCACAGUGCCUAUGCAGACUGUACUGUUGAUCCCGACGCCAGGGGACAGGCCGCUGGACACCUACGAUCCUCCGUCUCAGGACGGUCUGGUCGUCUACAACUUCGUCCAGCCGUUUCGCACGAGUGUGCUCACGCAAAUCGAAAUCAAGAAGAACACAGACCUCGUCCUCGGGCAGCUGUCGUCGAUGCUUCUCAAAGCUGCGCUCCCGACUACAGAGCAGUGCGGCCUCAUGUGGACGCGACUCACUCCCGCCUACACAGCGCUUGUCGAGGACGCGAGCGGCUCGCUUUACCACGUUCCUCUGUCGAAGAAAACACUGUCACUCCGGCAGCUGCUCGAUGUCGCCCAAGUCGUCAAACGGCGCACGAACCGAGAAGUCAACAUCACGCUGAACGUCUUCUUCCCUGCGCUUCUGAGGUCGGAGGCAGUUGCUGUUCACCGCUGUCAACCUAAUCUCUGGAAGCAGCUCGUCCCGCGGCACACGCCAGUGAGCGGAGCUCGCAUCCACGUUCUCAUCAAUGUGGCAUGCGAUGGACUCGUCAAGGCGCGGUGCAAGCGACGGGCCGUCGCUAUUCGCUUCUCGAAUCCCUUCGCCACGGUGGCUGAUGCUCUCCUGGCUAUCCGCCCUUUUAUCCGCCAAACCGACGGAGAGGGUUCGAUACGCUCUCCGCCGGCAUGCUUCGGCGGCUACGCCCGCCUGAAAAAGAAGGUGAAGCGUCUCUUCAACAUCGGGCAUCCAUGGAGAGAGAUCGGCGGAUCAGUGCGGCUGUCUGACCUCCGGCAAGAGACAACCGAGCUCCUUCUGGCGCCGCGGGUAUCACACGCGCGCUUCGGGCGGAUACCUCAACCGCACACAUAG